AUGAUCCUCGACGGGCCCUCGUUUAGCGGUGCGAUGCCCGAGUGCAGCCAGACCAGUGAACUAGUGGAUGCUAUGCCAGAAGAUGACCCAAAUGGCAAUGUGAAUGUCCAGAUGGGAGCCGCUGCCCCCAGAUGGGGCCCGCAACAUGCCGGCGCGAAGCAGCUGGCUGGAAUGUAUAGCAAAGAAAAACGACGACAAGAAGCCAUAUCAGUCGUGGUUGGCACGAUAUUGUUCUCUUUAAUGCUAGUCCGUCUCCUAUCUACCUGGCGAGUCGACUAUUGGAUGACGAUGCCCAUAGCGGCACUACUGGGUAUCCUCACCGCAGAUUUCGUCUCCGGACUGGUGCACUGGGGCGCGGACACGUUCGGUAGUGUGGAGACGCUCAUCGGGAGGAGCUUUAUCCGCCCAUUUCGGGAGCACCACGUUGACCCGACGGCCAUCACCAGGCACGACUUCAUUGAGUGCAACGGCGACAAUUUCCUGGUGUGCAUCCCCAACCUGGCUCACAUGCUCUACCAGCAUUUGACGUACAGCGCCGAGGAUUUGCACAACUGGGCCUUUUUCCACUGGUACCUUAUAUUUCUGGGCGUCUACUCGGCAAUGACAAAUCAGGUGGGAAUA